AUGCAAAUUAUCGACCGAAUCAAGGAAUUUGAUGUGUAUUCAAAACCUUUGGAUGAUUUUCGAGUUCGAACUUUUACUGGAGGGGCAGUGACAAUAGUUUGUGGCUUUGUGAUUAUUCUAUUAUUUAUAACAGAAACAAUAUCAUUUCUAUCGACGGAAAUAGAUGAACAGCUUUAUGUUGAUUCGACAUCUGCUGAACAACGCAUUGAUAUCAAUUUCGAUGUCGAAUUUGCCAAAUUACCAUGUUCAUUGAUAACUGUUGAUGUAAUGGAUGCGAGUGGUGAUAAUCAGCAAGAUAUACAACAUGAUUUAUAUAAACAAAGAAUUGAUUUGAAUGGUAAUAAUAUUUCUGACGAUGCUAUAAAGCAAGGUGUUGUCUUCAUUCUGUCUACAUUUUUAUGUUGUAAUACAUGUGAUGACGUGAAAAAUGCUUAUAAUCUUCGUGGAUGGCAAAUAGUCGAUAUAGAAAGCGUUGAGCAGUGUAAGUCAGAUUCUUGGGUAAGGAAAUUAGAAGAUUACAAGAAUGAAGGUUGUCGAGUUUAUGGAACUGUGCAAGUUGCCAAGGUUGCUGGUAAUUUUCAUGUAGCUCCCGGCAAUCCAUUGCGAACUCAUCGUUCUCAUUCGCCUGUAAAAUUUGAUGCUUCGCAUAUUAUCAGACAUUUAUCAUUUGGUAUUGAUUAUCCUGGAAAAAAUUAUCCACUUGAUGGCAAAUCUUUUGUUUCCAGCAAAGGCGGUAUUAUGUUUCAAUACUAUCUAAAAAUCGUGCCAACAAUUUAUAAAUCCCUCACUUCACCUAAUGAAUUAUUUAGCCAUCAAUUUUCCGUAUUUAUGAAUCAAAAGGACCUAAGCUUAGGUUUAUCAGGUCUUCCUGGCUUUUUCGUGCAGUACGAAUUUUCACCGUUGAUGGUUAAAUACGAAGAAAAGCGAAGAUCGUUAUCCACAUUUCUUGUAUCAUUAUGCGCUAUUAUUGGUGGAAUUUUCACCGUCGCAAGUUUGAUAGAUUCGUUUAUCUAUCGAUCUUCACGAGUUCUUCAAAGGAAGAUUGAACUUAGUAAGCAUUUUUAG